UAGUAAAAUUUCAUUAAGAAAUUAAAGAGCUUUUGAAUACUAUAAAGAUUAAGAUCCUAAAAUGACAGACAGGUUAAAAUUAUUAUAUAAUGAAAUAGAUAUUUGGAAAUUUUUAAAUCAUAAUAAUAUAUGCAAAUUAUAUUAAAUUAUAGAUGAUCCAGAUGAUUAAUAAAUACAUUUAAUAAUGUAAUACUGUGAUUUAAGUUAAAUAAUGAAUUGGAAUGAAGAAAAUUUAUAAUAUAAUCCUAAUACAAAAAUGGAACAAUUUAUUAUAUAAGCGUAUAACAUAUAAAUUAAUUCAAAAAUAAUAUUUAAAUAAAUUUCUUAAGGUGUUAAAUAUUUACAUGAUUCAAAUAUAGUUAAUAGAGACAUAAAAAUAGAUAAUAUUUUAUGCAAAUCAGACUGUGAUUUAAAUGAGCAUUUUAAAUUAGCUGAUUUCUCAACAGCUAAAAAAAUUUAAAAUAAUGAAUAUUUAUUUGACUGUGCCGGAACUCCAGGUUUUAGAGGUCCUGAACAUUAGUUUUCGGUAGACAAAGGUUAUGAUGGUAAAAAAAGUGAUAUAUGGUCGUUGGGGAUAAGUAUUUAUACAUAUGUAAACCUAAAGUUACCUUUUUGGAAAAAUUCAGAAUUCGAAACUGAUUUAGCAUCUUUAAAUGAUGAAAUACAGUUUAGAAAUGAAAACUCUAAUGAAUUUAAAGAUUUAAUAAAUAAAAUGUGUUAAAAAGAAUAAUAAAAUAGAAUAAAUAUAGAUGAAGUUUUACAAGAUAAAUGGUUCGAUUUUUGA